UCUCCUCUCCCAUUGAACAAACCUACCUGACUAACAGAGGACUUGCCUCCAUCACAGAAGGAGACAAACAGAGACAAAUUCUGCAGAAUUCCUGAGAGGCCUUUCCAGAGUGAAUCAAAUCCCAUUUGAAGAAACUCAAAGAACCAAUUCGCUCUCCACGAUGGUGUCUCCUGGGUUACAAAUUCUGGGUGCAGCUCUGGGGAUCAUGGGCUGGAUAGGUGUCAUCGUCGUGUGCUUCCUUCCCAUGUGGAAGGUCACUGCCUUUAUUGGCAGCAACAUUGUGACCUCGCAGACUAUAUGGGAAGGUAUUUGGAUGAACUGUGUGGUCCAGAGCACAGGCCAGAUGCAGUGUAAGGUCUAUGACUCCAUGCUGGCCCUCAGCUCUGACCUCCAGGCCGCUCGGGCCCUGACCAUCAUCUCCAUCAUUGUGGGCAUCCUGGCUAUCCUGCUCUCCGUUGCUGGGGGGCAGUGCACCAACUGUGUGGAGAAUGAGUCAUCCAAGACCAAGGUGGGCAUUACGGCUGGAGUUGUGUUCAUCGUAGCUGGGAUCCUCUGCCUCGUCCCUGUCUGCUGGACGACCAACACCAUUGUCCAGGACUUCUACAAUCCAAUGUUGACCAGCGCCCAGAAGAGAGAGUUGGGUGCUGCGCUCUACAUAGGGUGGGGGGCAGCCGCCUUGAUGCUAAUCGGAGGGGGGAUUCUCUGCUGCAACUGCCCCCCUAAGGAUGAGAGCACCUACAAAACUGCAAGGUACAGCGCUGCCAGAUCAGCACCGGCAUCUGAGAAAAACUUUGUCUGAAACAGAUCUAAGAGUCAGUAAAUAGCUUUCACAAAGCAAUGUUUACUAGAACAGAAUGGGUGCUACUGUGAGUGUUGAUUUUCAGGACGUUACAUUAGCAAAAUAUAUUCCUGAGUUUUACUCCUCAUGAGUGUUUGAAAGAAAUAAACAUCAAUAAAGAGGAUGUUCCAUUUUAUAUGUUAACACAGUUAUUUGUAUAUGUUUGGUUGUUAAUAUGAAUAUUAGUAAUGUGUAAGUAUUUUCUGAUUAGUCUGAAUGUUCCAUAACCAAAUU